CAUGACCAGAGAGUAUUCAAUUGUCCCGACAGGCCAUUGACAGAACUGGACAGAAUCGUGAUACAAGGAAUUUGCAUCAAAGAACAGUGAGUCUGCUGCUGCUGCUGGUCUGCUGUCAGUCAGCUUCGUCAGCUGUUCUGGUUUUAUGUGCUUCUAUGGUUUAAGGGGCCAUACACAUGUAUGCAUGUAUUCUGUCACUGUAUAUAAUGGUAUCAGCUUUGCAGGGGAGGUAGGGAAAGGUCAACGGUGAUACGCAUUGUGUUAGCUGUAAAAUCGUAUUUUUGUUACAUGAUAAUGAACAAGAAGUUCAAAAGCAAGGACUGUAACUUGAAGACAGCUGUGUGAAGAUUGCUGUGACAGCUCGUAAGUUAUCUAUAAAUAGAUAUAGUGUAAAAACAUUAAUCAUGGGUUCAGAGCAAAGUUCCCAACAAGGAGGUGGUCCCUCCGGACAGGCAAGAACAGUUGGUCAGCUUCGUAGAGGAAAAUCUAUUCCUGAAAGGGAAAUGGUUUCAGGAGAGGAUGGAGCUCGACCUGGAAGUAUUUCACCGGGACCGAGUAUAUGUUCAGACUCUGAUUUGCCGUAUAUUUCCUAUACUGUAAACAGACCUAUAGGAGAUUCUCCCAAAUUGCCACAGAAACAUUCUGGCCAGUUACAACGAGGAAAAUCCUUGGGAAACCCCACUGGGCGCAAAGGCUCUGGUAUCAUGUCACGUAAACCCCUCCCCACUUUGAACAAGUCAGCUCACAAUAUUGUAGUUGUAAAACCUGCUGUAAGUGCUGAAGCUACAGACAAAGAUCCAGAUCUUCUCAGGCUGCAGGCUACUCCUAUGUUUCUUCCAAUAAUGAGAGGGACAUUAAACUUGCCUGCUAUGCGUGAUCCUGAAGUGCUAGAAAGGUUAGAUCCCUCUGGGCUGCUUGGACUGUGUUUGAAAUACCAGCAGCAUAUGUCCAUAUGCAGUGAACUUGUUUCCAAUGAACAAGCUCAUCUGGCUCACCGAAUUAGAGAUCUGGAUUCAGAAAUAUCUCGACUGAUGGCAGUGAUGACAGAGAGGCAGAAAAAAUAUGCCAAGUAUGCAGAGAAGCUCAACAAAGUUCAUGAGUUGUCUCAUCAAUUAAAUAGAUGUCAUAUGGUGUUAAACCAAACCCUUGAAAGUAUGGAAACCCUUAAUAAUAGUUUGCCUGUGGAAGAGCGACUUGAGCCAUUUGUUUGGACUACUGGUUGACAACCAAAUUGAAAGUGAGGUAUUCAUGUGUGAUAUUAUUUUACUUUGCUGAAUGUUUUAGUUCACUGUUUAUGUUCUGUUGUUUCUGUCAUUGUAUAUAUACUUGUUAUGCAUUAUUUAUAUUUAAUGAUAUUACUUGCUAUCAUUAUUGUGUUUACUGGCACUGGUUGUGAAAAUAAGAUAUUCAUUUUAUGAUUUUUUUAAGGAAUUGUGAAUUUUUAGAACAUACCUCACUUGUGUAGUAUUUGUAAUAUUCAUAUAUGUGCUACUUCAUGUUCUUCCAUAUUACUGUACAAUUUUUUGUUGAUAUUGCUCUGCUAUGACUGCUUCAUUUCUGUAUUAAUAUAUUAUCAAUAUUAGCAAAACAAAUGUACAUGAAAUAUUUAUGGAAUAUAUUUAGCACAGUUUAUUUAUAUAUUCUCCAAUGUUACUAAACAAUUUGUUGAAUGGUGGUUAACUACCAAUCUUCACAUGAUCUGCAUUUUGCAUUUAGAGGUUGCAUGCUGUGAUGCAGACCCAAUGAGCACAAAUUGUAUGCCAAAUGUGAAAGGUUUAUUGCUCAAAGGUUAGAAUUUUGCAUCAUUGAAUCAGGAAUCUUCUACAAACCUUCUGAAAUGAAACUGUAGGUUCCUUUUCUUGCAUUUGGAUCUACAUACUAUCAAUUAUUGUUUUUCAGUUAUAGGUGAUAUGUACUGAAAAAAGGCCAUAAUGUAACCUUAAGAACUUGCAAAGAUUUUAGUCUUCAAAAAAUUUUAGAUACACAUUUUCAACUAUGGCAAAAGGAAAAUUAUUUCCUAUAAAAUUAUUGUUAGCAAAUAUUGGAGGAAUUAGGUAAUUAAUGAUAUUUAAAGACUGUUUAUCAAUUUCUUCAUAUGGCAGAUAUAUGAUAUGAAUGAGAUUUACCGCAAUAGAGUUGUGUGGAAGAAUUAAACUAACUAUUAAUGUGUUCCAAUUUUUGUAUAAUGUGUGAUAACUUUUGAACAGUUGAAAAAAUUAAUUUCUAAAUAGUUGAAAGUAUUAGAUUGUUCCAUUAAAGUAGUAUAUCUAUAAGAAAUUUCAUGAUAUUGAAUUACAAGAGUAUUUUUUCAGUGAAGCCUUAAAAUGAAGAAUACUAGUCAUAUUUCUUAAGAAAAUACAAUAUGCUCUUAUAUUGUCUCAUGUUAUGUGUUUUCUGUUCUUCACUUCACUGAAGAAAUCUCUUAAUAAAGCAAUGGAAGCUAGUUUUGGUUCAAUGUAUUUGAAAUAUUGUCAGAUGCCUUUAAUGGUUUGUUGAUUUAUUUGCAUACUUCAUUAGUGUGGAAACACAGCAUCGUUAGAUUUUGCCUAUACACAUGAAUAUAUACUGAGAUAUUUUCACAGUAUUGUCACAAUGCAUUUCAGAAAUGUAAUGUGUAAUUUGUAAAUAAUAAAUAUAAACGCUUAACAGAUCAGACAAGCAGUGAUACUACAUCAUAUAAGAAUGGGCUGAUGAAAUGUUGCUUAGAAGUAAUUUAGAAAAUUUAGUUAAGGUCUGAUGAGUUAUUUUCUCGUAUUUUUUGAUAUUUUGACAAAUUGAGGAAAUUGAAUGUAUUGGUUAUUUCUCUUGAGGUUUUUGCCCGAAACGGGAUAUUUUGGACUUUAAUGAAUCUGUUAUUUGAAAGAUAUUCAUAAUUGUUCAUGUAAUAAAAAAAAUAUUUAAUUCUUAUUGUCAGAGACCAAUAACAGGCUUAAAAAUGCAGAGACACCCACAGUUCACAUGAAAUAUUAUUAUUAAUAAUAAUAAUAAUAAUAAUAAUAAUACAAUGAAAUCUGACUGACGGAACCUCUAUAAGAAGGCCUUCUAUUUUAGACAAAAUAUUGAAUGAACGAUGAAACAAUGAAAUUAUGGUUGCAAAUGACCUCUAAAUACAAGCAACUGCAAGUGAUUACAACUUGGGUAAAAAUAAAAUUUAUUUUUAUAUUUCUUCCAUUAACUCUUAUAAUGCAUAGUGAUGCUUCAUGGGUCAACCCUGUAUUAACGGAAAAAAAACUUAAGAAAUGGAAUCACCUUGGCUAAUCAUCUAACUCAAAAUCAACAACUUAUUUUACUGCAACUAUGAAACUGUAAAACAAUUAGGUACUGUAUGUGUUUACUAAAUUCUAUUGAAGGCUUUACUACAUAAAUGCAUGUACUUUUAUUUGACCCCUUUCUUCUCUUGUGUGUUGUUGGCUACAUGAUAAUGAAUAAGAAGUAGCAUUUGUUCAAGUGGUAAAAUUUAAAAAAAAUAUAUAGUGAAUGGUGUGUGUUUUAAUUUUAAAGUGGAAGUCUGUAAUCUCUUUAAUGCAACCAGAGAAGUCUUAAAAUUGUUUAAGGAUCUAUCAGUUUUUGACGUACACAGGUUUUACUGAACUUGCUUUAACUUGCUAAUAUGUUCAAUUGUUUUAAAGAUAAUUUUCAUUGUAAGAUUUAUUUACACAUUUAAAAUUAAUUAUUUUGCCUCUUACAUUCUAUUCAUUUUAUCUAAAUGAGAUUCGUUGGUAGCAGUCUUGUUGCAAAUUUCAUUGAAUCACAGCUGUUUUCAGGUGCUAGAAGGUAGAUUUCAUAAUGGAAGCUGUGAUAAAUGUAGGAAUUUGAAAUAGCAAAUAGAGGUGAUAAAAGUAUUAGUAGUAUCUAUGAUUAAUUAAGAUUAUUGUGACUGUGUUAUAAAAAUGAGGUGCCACUGCAUAUUUGAACUUGUGACUGGCAAUUAAUGUGAUUGACUACACAACUCCUGGUACCAAAGCCAGCCUCGUUUAACCUCAAUUUAAGUCUUCACUUCACACUAUGUCUCUGCCUAGAAUCACUUUUAUAGUCCUCAGAUAGAUAUUAUUGAUUAUUGAAUUGACAAUUAGUAAUAGUAUUUUCUAAAUCAAAAUUUCUGAAACUAUGAAAUUCCUUUUGUAGUAAAAUAUAUUCUUUUUUAUUUCAGUUAUGCAUAGUAUAUAUACAUUUUUUCUUCUUUCUUCAUACAUUUUAAUAAGAACUAGUACUAGUUCUGCAUUAUUUAUAAGAAAUGCAAAACCAGAAGAGUAUACUGGUUCAGUGUGACCUGACAUUACAUUAUUUAUACACUUUAACUGCUGUUUGUUCUAAAAUGUAACUUCACAAGAGUAGAUAUUAGAGGUAUCUGUGUGAGAAAUUAUGACCAUGUCAUCAAAUAAAUUGAAUAUUGAAUGUU